AUGAGUCAAGAUAUUAAAGAAAAGAUUAUUGUGACCUCGGCCUCGGAAAAGGUUCUCGAGAUUGAGGAUACCACCGUCUCCAGUCAAGACAAUCAUAGCAUCAUCACCAACUCGGAUUACUCUCCCGAUUUACAAUGGACUGAAGAAGAAGAGAAAAAAGUGGUUCGAAAGAUAGAUAUACGGCUCAUGAGCUGGGUUCUCUUGAUGACUUUUGUUCUCAACAUGGACCGAACCAAUAUUGCCAACGCUCUUUCCGAUGGACUUCCCACUGACUUGGGCUUCAAUCUGGAUUAUGUCAACCAAGCUACUCUCAUCUACGGCAUUGUUUUCACCGUCUUUACGCUUCCUACCAACGCCAUCGUUAAGAAAGUUGGCGCUCAUAACUGGAUUCCAUUCAUCAUGUUUGCUUGGGGUAUUGUGACCUGGGCUCAUAUUUUCGUCAAAGACUACAACUCUUAUCUUGUCGUUCGUAUCUUCAUUGCCAUCACUGAAGCUGGCUUUAUUCCCGCCUGCUUAACUUAUCUUACUGGAUUUUACACCACCGCUGAAUUGUCUUCACGACUCGCUUGGUUCUGGGCUAUCCAGUCUUUCGCCUCUGCAUUUUCUGGUUUCCUCUCUUUCCUUAUCUUCCGUCUCGCUGGUGUAGCUGGCCUAGAAGGCUGGAAAUGGCUCUUCUUGAUCGAUGGUAUCCUAACCGACGUUGUUGCGGUGAUUUCUUACUUAUACCUACCGAAAGCGUUAUCAACUCCCAAUAGACUAUCCUUUGGAAAAAAAACAUGGUUUACGGAAAGAGAAUUACAAAUCGCUGUUACGCGACUUAUUCGAGAUGACCAAACCAAACGCGAGCAGUAUAGACACAUCACACUUGACGACGUAAAACAGACGGUACUUGACACCAGAUUGUGGACACACUUGCUCAUCACAUUCAUCGGUAUCAUGCCAAAUGGACCUAUCAACACCUAUCUUCCCACCAUGAUCAAGCAGUCUGGAUUUUCCGUCUAUGUGGCAAAUCUAUUGGCGGCUCCAACGUACCUUGUCAACUUGGUGUUUUCCAUUUUCAUUGCCAAAGCGGCCGACCGCUACGGAAACACAAGUCUGUUUGCUCUCAUAGGUGUUACCUGGAACUUAACUGGGUUCCUUUUGCUCGAAUACCUGCCUGUGAAUGCCAGUAGGUGGGCCAUGUACAGUGCGGCUUUCGUUGCUGCUUCUUCUCCCUCGUGGCACGGAAUGCAAAUUGCGUGGAUGGCAAGUAACCUUGCGCCGAUUGGAAAGCGCACACUAGCGCUGGGAGCUGUGAUUGGAGCCGCCAAUAUCUGUGGGGUACCUGGCUCUCAAAUCUACCAGGCUUACGAUGCUCCUCGGUUUUACCAUGGUAACAAGAUACUAAUUGGUCUAUCUUUGACUACCAUGGCGCUCUUUCUGCUGCAGCGUACCCGGUAUAUACUGACAAACAAGCACAGGGAGAAAAGGUGGAAUUCCAUGACACACGAACAACAACAAGAUUAUGAAUUGAACACGACUCACAAGGGAAGCGAACGUCUUGAUUUCCGAUUUCGCCUGUAGUGCUGUUCUCCCAACAUGCUGUAAUUUUUAUUCGUGUACAUAGAACUUUUGUAAAAAAUAUAUAUAAUAUGCCAUACAGUUCACUUUAAG